AUGAAAUUCUUACAAGUAUUCCUCAUUUCCCUGCUUAUAUCCACUUCAUCAAUAGUACUUGCAAUAGAGUUGCAAACAUCACCAAUAUUUCAACUAAAGUUGAUCUCGUGCAAGAUAUCUACUCCGAAAGCUGUUCGGGAUUCGAAAAAAAGACUUGCUAUUAAAUUAUUAAACUUUCAAAAUUGUAUAUAUAAAGAAGAUAAUGUAGAUAAAUAUCAUCGACGAAGACCAGACGACGAUCCUCCACCAACUUCUACUGCAAAAAUCACUUCAACGAGCACAUCAACAUCUACAAAAAUCACUUCAACGAGCACAUCAACAUCUACAAAAAUCACUUCAACGAGCAAAUCAACAUCUACAAAAAUCACUUCAACGAGCACGCCAACUUCCACAAGAAUUACUUCAACGAUUAUGUCUAAACCUUCGACUUCGACUAUUAGUUCUCCACAAAUUCAAGCCAUUGGUGUCGUUGAUGUAAUGGAAGACGUCGAGUGGGUGGCGCAGAUUUCGAUAGGCACACCACAGCAACCAUUCCUCGUCAAUAUCGAUACUGGUUCAUCAGAUUUCUGGGUUCCUGCCGUGAAUUGUAGAAGCUGUGGAAAUCACAGAAAGUUUAAUCCUCAACAAAGCAGCACGUUCGUUGCCAUUGGUUCACCAUUUAAUAUUCAAUACAGUGAUGGGAGUAAUUCUCAUGGGAUGGUUGAACAGGAUACACUGCAGGUUGGAUAUAUGAGUAUAGCUAAACAAAGAUUCUCUAUGAUCAGUAACAUGAGUCCGCAAUUUGUGGCCGACGUUGUUGAUGGCAUAAUGGGGUUAGGCUAUGAUUCGCUAUCAAUGGUCCCCGGUAGUGUUACACCUCUUACCAAUAUGUUAAACCAAGGAUUGAUACCACAUGCAAUAUUUUCAGUUCAACUUCGCGCUGAUCGUGUUAAUUCUUCCUACGGAGGCAAAUUUAUCUUCGGUGGAAUGGACACCACACUGUUCACAGGUCCAAUAACAUAUACGGCUGUAACCAGACAAUUGUAUUGGCAAAUUACUAUCGACGGAGUCGAAGUGAACGGAAAAAUCAUAGGCGGAACAUCUCAACAAGUAAUUUUGGAUUCAGGAACUGCCUUAAUGAUUCUUGGGACAAGUGUGGUUAGUGCUAUCAUUAAUAAAGUUGGAGGAAAAUAUGAUAGCAAUACCGGAACUUGGCAAGUUCCAUGCGGAAUGGCUAGUGGAAAAAAUUCGGUGCAAGUUGCGAUUAGAAUAAAUAAUGUAGCAUGGGUGAUCAAUCCUUUGGACCUUGUGAGAGAAAGUGUAAAUCCAAACAGUGCCCUUUGUUAUUCGGGACUAGCAUCUACAGAUCAAAAUUUGUGGGUGCUCGGAGGAGUCUUUCUGAAAAAUGUUUAUGUAAGCAUAUUUUUAAAAGCAGUUUUUGACCGCGAACAGAACAGGGUUGGGAUUGCUACCCCCGUUUACUCGUAA